CUGAAACAUGUGAGAGGAGCAAACUGACGGAGUAACCUCGACUUUCUCGCCAAGAAGAACCACUUAAAGAGAGACAGAGAAAACAAAGUUUCCCUGGAGGCGACAGUCGCUUGAAGGAAAGAAAUUGGCGAAUCCGAUCCAGAGGCCUGCGUGCCAUGCCAGAGGGGUCCCAUUCUGCUCUCGACCAGGGCCCAAUGGGGGAAGAGUCUCCUCAGUUAUCCUCGCCCCUCUCCGCCGGUGACCAUGUCCAGGGCAGCCUGGAUCUGGACCCGGACUGCGACAGCCACGUGUGCGUGGAGCCACCGGACGGCGAGGGCGAGCGUCCUGUGAGCCUGGUGUCCACCCUGUCCUCCGGCUCGUCCCGCGACAGCCGCAGCCUCUUCGGGAGCACGGCGGCGCUUCCUUCCUCCGCCACGCCGCCCAUGCAGAGCGAGGAGGACAUCGACCUGGAGCUGGUCCCGGCGGACGGCCCCAUACCGCUUCCGGCGGCGGGGCAGAGCUCCACCCUCACCGGGUCCAGGGGCCGCUGGCUCCACAGGCUGGAGCCCAAGGUGAAGCAGUGGAACAACAACGCCACCACCAACAGGAAGGCCAGCGCUCAAAUACCUCAUGUUCCCGGCGCGCCCGUCGUCACCGACGCCAUGGCGCCGAACCCCAAGCUGACCUACGUGGACCGCGUUGUCAUGGAGAUCAUCGAGACGGAGCGCAUGUAUGUGAAGGACCUGCGCAGCAUCGUGGAGGACUAUUUGGCGCACAUCAUCGAUAUGAGCAACCUCCCCAUACGUCCGGAGCAAGUGUGCGCUCUUUUUGGAAACAUAGAGGACAUCUAUGAGUUCAACAGUGAACUGCUGCAGUCUCUGGACAUGUGCAGGAACGACCCCGUGGCCAUCGCUCAGUGCUUUGUAAAUAAGAGUGAAUACUUUGAAAUCUACACCCAGUAUUGUACCAACUAUCCCAACUCGGUGGCAGCUCUGACCGACUGCAUGAGGAGUAAAACUUUAGCCAAGUUCUUCAGGGAUCGGCAGGCCGCUCUGAAGCGCUCACUCCCUUUGGGCUCCUACCUGCUGAAGCCAGUUCAGAGGAUCCUCAAAUACCACUUGCUCCUGCAGGAAAUCGCGAAGCACUUUGACCCAGACGAGGAGGGCUACGAGGUCGUUCAGGACGCCAUCGACACCAUGACGGGCGUGGCCUGGUACAUCAACGACAUGAAGAGGAAGCACGAGCACGCCGUGAGAGUUCAGGAGAUCCAGUCUCUUCUGAUCAACUGGAAGGGUCCUGACCUGACCACCUAUGGAGAGCUGGUGCUGGAGGGAACCUUUCAUGUGCUGAGGGCCAAGAACACCCGCACGCUCUUCCUCUUCGAAAGGAUGCUCCUCAUUACCAAGAAGAGAGGGGAACACUACGUCUACAAAAUCCACAUCUCGUGCUCCACCCUCAUGCUACUUGACAGCGCCAAGGAUCCCCUGCUCUUCAGUGUGAUCCAUUUCAAGCAUCCCAAGCAGCCCCAUACAGUGCAGGCCAGGUCUGUGGAGGAGAAGCGUCUGUGGGCUCAUCACAUCAAGAGGCUCAUCCUGGAGAAUCACAACACCAUCCUCCCACAGAGGGCAAAAGAAGCCAUCCUGGAUAAUUCAAACUAUUCAGGGAAGUAUCAGUACAGUCCCGAGAGGCUGAAGAAAACCGAGUCCUGCCACGCUGACGAUUUCCAGCAGAAAGGACGAAAUGGGAGGAGACGAUCAGAGCCAGAAAAACAAAUCACAAGGAAUACAAAAGCUGUUUUAAAGCAUGCAGACAGUGAGGGUGCACUGCCGGGGGACAGGUGCCCCCUCCAGCCGGCCGCUGGCGUCAGUACGCUGACCUCCAGCCUCGGCCAGCCCCGGGCUGAGGAGGAUCUGGAUCCUCUGGAGCCGCUGAGUCCCGCUGGCAGUGACCCCAAACUGGGCUCUUCACCCGGUCGGGGGGGGCUGGAGCAGGAGAAGGCAGAGAAGGAGGAGGAGGAGGAGGAGAGUUACAAUCAAGAUAUACUGAUGGGAGACGACCAGGUAGCCGACUUUGCCAGCUCAGUGCUGGCAGCCAUCUCCUGCUGGCACUAUAGAGCGAGGGCUUUGCUUUCCACUCACUUCACAACGGAUGAUCACAUUAAAGAUGGUGCUGAAGUGGAAAUUUCUCCGAGAGAAGAAGUGGAAACCUGCAGGCAGGAGGAAAAACCUGAGGACGGAGCUGUGAAAGAGUCCCUCGGCAUUCAGGCCGCCGUGCAGGAGCUGCAUCCUCCAGACGGUGUUCCUCAAGAAAAAGACAUCAGUCAUCAGGAGGAAAAUGACUCCCAGUGCCCCGACUCUCCUGUGACUCGCUCUGAGCAAGAGACUGAGACCCCGGAACCUCAAGACACCUCUCAAGAGACUGGCGAGGAGGAAGGAGGCAGCGACUCGUCUGGCCUCCCUGUGGAGGAGGCGAGCGUGCUGACCAACAGCGAGCUCUCCGAGGAGGAGGAGGAGGUGCUCUCGGGGAGUAAAAGCAUCCUGCCGUCCUCCGUGCUGGACCAGGCCAGUGCGAUAGCCGAGCACUUUAUCAGCAGCCUGUCCAGGCGGAGCAGUCUGGUCUCAGAGGACUUGGGUUCCCUCGCCUGCCCGUCGCCGUCGGUGGAUAACGACGCCUCCCAGAGCCCCUCUGCAGGGAUGGACUUGGAGAAGCACUCAGAAAUGUUGCUCUGCUCUUCACCUGAGCCACACGCCACAUCUAAAGCUGAUCUGUCGGCUCCUCCUCUGCUUGAGCCUGGUGUGGAGAUGCUCGCUGAAGGGGAGUGCAGGUCCACUCUCUCCAAACAAGAUCGCCUCCUCAUCCGCAAAAUCAGGAAGUACUACGAGCACGCAGAGCACCAGGACGCAGACUUCAGCAUCAAGCGCCGGGAGAGUCUGUCCUACAUCCCCGCCGGUCUGGUCAGACACCUGAGCCGGCAGCUGAACAGCGUUCCUCAGGAGAAGGCCGUUCCAGCCCCGAGGAAAGGCCUCUCCCGGAACAGGCCCACUUCCUGGUCCGUGUUCGACCUUCCCGGAUUAGAAAAGAGUCGAAACACUGAAACUCAGCACAGAAUUGAAGCACAGACGUCCGUCGAAACCAAGGCCAGAUCUCACAGUGUCACAGAAGAGGAGUUCAGGCCUUCGUCCGACAUGCUGGAGGUGUGGCGGGUCAUGGAAGCAGAGGAGGACAGCCGAGAAACGCAGCAGAUUCUAGAAGAGAAAGUGACUGACUCGCAUUUUGAAGUGAUGUCUGAUAUCAGCUCGGACUCUUCACAUGCUAAACUCACUGAGCAACAGUUUGAGACUAUAAAGGAGUGUGAUCCCACCGAUCGGUCCUCCAUGUCCUCACCAGUCCCGGUGUCCCCAGCAGUGGAGGGAGGCUCUGCUCCGGACUCUAAACCCUCGAAGAACCACACGUCUUCUGAAAACCACAGCGCUAACCACAGCCACCUUCCCAAGAUCAUCAGCUUCCGGACCGGCAUGGACGAGGACCAGAUCCUACAAGACAUGGGAAAGAUGAAGAACAAAGUGUUCCAGCUGGCCCGGCAGUACAGCCAGCGCAUCAAGAACAACAGACCCAUGGUGUGGUCGAGGAACCGAGAGUCUGCGAACCAGCAAGGCGUCAAGAGCUUGUCUGCCGUUCAGGAGGAGAAGACGCAGUGGAGAAAAAGGGGUAAACCCAGCCUGAGAUUGCCUCUGAAUUCCUGUGAUCAGUCAGUCAUCCAUGAAGUGCAUUCUCCAGAUCCGAUCCCGCCUCCCAGCUCUGGCUCCAGCUCCCAGGACACCCUCACCUCUCCCCAGAGCCCCCAGCCGGAGGCCUUCCACUGGCCCGAUGUCCAGGAGCUGCGCUCCAAGUACGCGUCCGGUCCCCACUCAAAAAUAAGCCGCAGCAACACGGUGCCAAACGGGAUGCUGGAGUGCUCCAGAGACGGAUCCAAUGGCUGCUCGGUCAGGUGCAGCAGCUGCCUUGACCUCCACAAAGGGCUGACGGACUGUCCCGGGUCAGAGAGCGGACGGAGCGCGGCGGUGGGGGACGUGCCGCAGACGCAGGCCCAGCUUCAUCCCCUGCUGUGCAGGUGGAGCUCCCUGGACCACGUGGUUACCUCUCUCCCGCUGCAUGAAGUCCAGAACCUGCAGGAACCGGUGAGGACCGGCUCCCCGGUCAGACUCCAGGACCGCGACCUCCGUCGGGACGGGGUGGAGGGCGCGCCGAAGGCUGCUGCCCUCAGUUCAGGGAAGACCUCGGAGAGCAACCUGGUGAAAAGCCUGCGACAGAAGUUCCAGAGCUUAGGCUCAAGCUUAUGAGUGUGUGUGUGUGUUCGAGAUACAUGCUAAAAAAAGGAACCGUCAACGUCCUGUCUUUACGUUUUCUCAGAAGACUUGAGGUAACUGUGUUGCACCAAUGUAAGAUUAAAGGGAUGUUAUUGGGAAGGCUAUGAAAUGAAAGCAUGUUGUCCUUAAAAAUAAGUAUAUUGCAAUAUUUAUACACUGGGCAUUUUUCUGCACAAUACAAAGUUUCUGUAAAUAUUUGUAUAUAGUCACCUGUAACAGAUAAAAUGUGUGUUCUGCUUUAUUAAUACAUCCAGGAGUUUUGUUUUUGUUUGCUACAGUCACUGUAACGUUGUUACCUUCAACUGUCAGCUGAGAGUUUCAGGGGAAAACAUAAAGGAUGUGCCUGUACAGGCUGUCUGAACGCCAAAGAGCAAGCUGCCUUCUGGACUGUUGUGUCUUCCUGCACGUGGUCACAGCAAUAACUCGCCUUCACAAUGACUGCUACUGCUGCUGCUGCUUGUAAAAGUGUUACCACACAUCACUGGAGCUUUAUUUUUCUCUACAGGUUGUAUAUUUUUCUUGAGCCUUAUUUAUAAAACUGUAUAUUUGGGAGAGAUCGGCCUCAUUUAAGUACUUGACUGAUGGCGAGCCCUUUAUACUUUUCCAUUCCAGCAGAUGCUUCGUUUCAUACUUGCAGUUUACAGUAUUUUCAAUAAAAAUAGAACUUUUAAG